CAAGGAAAUUUUGUAUAUAGGUUUUGAAUAUAACUUCAAAAGAAAUAUUGAGAUCUCCAAAAAAAUAAAGCAAAGGAAUGGAUUCGCUGAGAAUGGUUUGCUCGUGGUGAAGGACAAAGAAGAAGAUGGUUUUUUCUUAGAGAUGAGGAGGCUCGCAUACGUCGCUGGUCCAAUGGUUGCAGUAAACUCUUCUGCCUAUUUUCUUCAAGUGAUAUCGAUAAUGAUGGUUGGUCAUCUCGGUGAGCUUUUCCUCUCAAGCACCGCCAUUGCAGUUUCUUUCUGCAGCGUCACCGGUUUCAGCCUCGUGUUCGGUUUAGCUAGUGGGUUGGAGACUUUAUGUGGUCAAGCAAAUGGAGCUAAGCAAUUCGAGAAGCUUGGAGUUCAUACUUACACAUGGAUUUUUUCGUUGUUACUUGUGUGUAUUCCUUUGUCUGUUCUAUGGAGUUUCAUGGGUGAUAUACUCUUACUUGUUGGGCAAGAUCCUCUGGUUUCUCAGAAAGCAGGGAAGUUUGCAACUUGGCUCAUACCAGUUCUCUUUGCUUACGCCAUACUGCAGCCGUUAGUUCAGUUUUUUCAAGCGCAGAGUCUGAUUCUUCCUUUAGUUGUGAGCUCAGUCUCUGCUAUAUGUUGCCACCUCGUCCUUUGCUGGAGCUUGAUCUUUAAGUUUGGGCUUGGGAGACUCGGUGCCGCUAUUUCGAUCAGCGUUUCUUACUGUUUAAACGCGACUGUGCUUGGAUUGUACAUGGUGUUUUCUUCCAAAUGUAGCAAGAGCCGUGCAACUAUCUCCAUGAUCAGUGUGUUUAAAGGAAUGAGAGAGUUUUCCGGUUUGGAAUCCCAUCUGCAUCUAUGAUUUGCUUCGAGUGGUGGUCAUUCGAAUUUCUUGUCAUUCUUUCUGGGAUUUUACCAAAUCCAAAGCUAGAAACCUCUGUUCUCUCGGUGUGUCUAACAACAAUCUGCUCGUUUUACAAAGUACCCGAGAGUCUAGGCGCAGCAGUGAGUACAAGAGUUGCGAACGAAUUAGGAGCUGGAAACCCGAAACAAGCAAGAAUGGCCGUCUACACAGUGAUGGUUAUGACAUUUGUAGAAUCAAUAAUGGUGAGUGCAACAAUCUUUGCUGCAAGAAACGUGUUUGGUUGCCUGUUCACCUCUGAAACCGAAGUUGUGGAUUACGUUCGAUCAAUUGCUCCACUGGUGUCUUUAUCCGUCAUAUUCGAUCCCUUUCAUGCUGUCCUCCCGGGCGCUAGGCCCAACCCGACCGCCCGACUAGCGUCUAGCGCGUUCCCGAACAGGGGUCUUAUCACUACCCUCACCAACUGGCAACAACAGGCUAGAAAGGCGAGAGAGAGAUUGAUGGGUGAUGAGUUUGAAGAACACUAUAAUGAAGAACAUUCAGAGAUGAUAAGCUAAUUUGAAAGACUUCAAUCAUUUCUCCAUUUAGUGUUGUGCUAUUAAUGGUGCAAGAGGGAAUUGAGCAUCAAUAAAUGUUAUCCUAUCCAUCUUCAUUCGUCAUCUGGUCAUACCCAUCUCAAAACAAUACAUUUUGGGGCAAUUUUAUUAAAUAGCACUAAAACAUGUUUAUGUUCCAAAUCAUCAUUUAAGAUCAAAAGUGCCAAAUUAGCUCAUUAAUGUGUAAAAAAAAUUAUAUAUAUUUAUUUAACAUUUUACUUAAUUAUUUAUUGAAUAUAUAAAAUUAAUAAAUAACCAAAACUUGAAAAUCCGUUAUAGCUAGUAUAGGUUUCAAGCGGAGUCAGUAAUUUAUUGAGUUGUUUCUGACCAUAUAUAGACUUGUCGUGUUCUGAAGAGCUUAUGUUUAUGCGAAACAAUAUCCCGUCAUAAAGAUUCCUUUCCCUUACAUAGAGACUCGUUUCUCCUUUUGAUGUUUUUAGCAAAAUCAUUAUCGUUGCAAGGAAAGAAGUGAUGAGUUAAUCUAAUCUAUGAGACUAUGAUAUAUUGGUUGGUGCCGGAAUGAUUUCGAAGAAGCAGAUAUGAUAAGGAGUAAGUCUAUCAUGUUUGAGUUUGAUAAAUGUUUGUUGUGGCCUAAGGCUGAUUAAGGUAACUUCUUGGAGAAGAUGAUCUACUUUACAUUCAUACUGGUUUUAGAAUGUCGUUUAGCCGUCAGACGCGUUUUGGACCAUCACUAGCUUUUAGACGAGUUGUAUAUCAUCGUUAACUAUUAGUAUCGUCGUCAGCUUUAAAACGAUUUUUAGUCUCCAGCCUCUGUUACUUGUCCGUAUCACUAGUGGUAUAGGAAGUUUCCUAUUUUAUUCUUUUGUCUCCCAAUCAUAGAUUCUUUCAGUAUCUUGUUGAUCGGUUUUGAUUGCUUUUCUUGAUCUCAUUUUGCGCUUUGUUGAGCCUUUCGAUUUUGAUCGUUAUUCGAAUAGAUUUUCAAGACAGGCUCUUACAGACUUAAAGUGGGUUAUGAGCGUGCAAGUUCGUGCAGACUUAGUAAGCCAUAAGGAAGAGAUGUGACGAGCUGGUAUGUAGUUGGUAAUUAAUGUGUUGUGUUUUUGAUACUUUAAAACUCGUUUUUGAACAGAGAAUGAUUAGGGCUUUAAAAUAUUUGGUUUUCAUGAGGCAUGGGAGCGCUUCAAAAAGUAUACGCUGGACUGCCGUCACCAUGGUUACAGUGAUCUGAACUUGCUGAACAUCUUCUACAAUGGGGGCAAUGAGAACCAUCAGAAUGCCAUAGACACUGCUAGUAAUGGCGAUUUUAUGACCAGACAUUGGAUGAAGCUUAUACCUUGAUUGACAACCUUUCUAUAGAAUCACAAGUAAUAAGAAGUCCUCUUAUUCAA